UGGAGCGCUUGUGGAAUUACUCAGAAGACACCAACUGUCCUAUAUCGUCACAUUGCGUAGACACGUCAGGUAUUCUUUUUUUUUAAAAAGAAAAAGGUGACAUAUUUUGGACCCCCCACACCUUUAUUUCCGUGUUUCGCUGCUUCUCCGUUGACCCAGCCGAACCAUCACCUUCUUAAGGAGUUUUUUGUGGGUGUGUAAAACUAAGAAGACAUGGCAGAGACAUCGGCAGCGCCGGCCAAAGCCAAGAAAGCGUCCAAGCCCAAGAAGCCCGCCUCUCACCCCAAGUACUCGGACAUGAUUAAGGCGGCCAUCGUCCACGACGCCAGCCGAAGCGGAGCGUCCCGUCAGUCCAUCCAGAAGUUCAUCAGGAAGAACUACAAGGUGGGCGACAACGCUGAUGUUCAGAUUAAAAUGGCCCUCAAGCGGCUGGUGGAGUCCGGGAUGCUGCGCCACACCAAAGGCAUUGGGGCGUCUGGAUCCUUCAGGCUCACCAAACCGGAGGACUCCAAAAAGUCCCCCAGCAAGAAGCCGGCGGCCGUCAAGCCCAAGAAGGUGUCCAAGCCCGCCGCGAAGAUGCCCAGGAAGGUGCCCAAGCCGAAGAGGGUGGUCAAGGCGACAGAGAAACCCAAGAAAGCAGCCGCCAAGAAGAAGGUGGUCAAGAAAACGACCCCGGCUAAAGCCAAGAAGGUGACCGUGAAGAAGCCAAAGCCGGCGAAGGCGACCAAGCCGAAAGCAAAGCCAGUCAAGAAGACACCCAAGUCCAAGGCAAGGUCCCCCAAGAAGGCCGCCAAAGGAGGCAAAAAGAAGUAAAGGGACAUUAUCAGAGACUAUGUAAAUAUUCCUAAAGGACAUGUUUUCGUAUAUGUAUUAUUUUUGUAAAAUUCCAAACUUUAACCAGUAGUCUCUUCUGCUGCACCAUGACAUGUUGAAACGGUAACACAAGUGUACAUGAUCGUGCAUAUAUGUAUAUAUACAUACACGCGUUCAAUUGUGUUGAUCAUUUGUGUGCUUAUUAUUGUAACCAGAUCCCCUCAUUCCAUCCUCUUCAUUGCUCAAACUUUCUUAAAUUAACAUCACUUUGGAAUUCCAUCCAAUAAAACACUAUGAUAAAUGU